GUGGCUGGACUGCCCGGCAUGAUGCAGAGGUCCGUGCGGCAUGCGAGCGCGAGGGAGUCCCGAUGCCGUCGAGGCUGACGGGUGAGGAUACGGUGCGAGGGGCAGUCCGGGACUACACACUGCGCACCUUCACAACCAACGACGCGCCUGAGCCGCCGCCUCCACCGGGGAUACGCGUUCUUUGUUGUCAUCAUGUCGCGGCCGUGAACGGGGCGAAUGGAGUUGACUUCGUCAGGCUGCCACACCGUGCCAUGCAAUGGGCGCCUGUCCCCAUCCGGCACGCGGCGGGCAUAGCGGCGUGGCAACCAAGCUGGCUUUGCCCUGGCUGCGCGCAAGAAGUCAGACUUGCGGACCUGGACGUACCGGCCGAUGCGGGACAGCCUUGUAGCCGUUGCGGACGUGCCUUGCGAUGGGAGUACGACCGCGCAACUGGGCGGGGACAGCUCAGCUGCAUGCCGGGUUGCGCUGGAUCGGCCCGUCCUGCGGCGCCGCAGGAACCGCGCGGUACUCUCACAACGCCUCAUCAGGCAGCAGCUUGCCUUCCAGCGAGCAGGGGAGCGUUCUGGCUCUCGCGGGGCCCGCCCAUCGGUCACGUACAGGAGGCUACCAACUCUUGGUUGUAUGUGCCGUUGCUGCAUGCCGCCGCCGCCGACCUCACUUCCUCUGCUGUCGAGGCCUGGCGAGCCGACCCCCGAGCUGCUGACUGGUGGGACCCGGCCCGACGGCUGUUGGCCACGUCCAGCCCGGUGGCGCCCCACGUGCUAGCCGACGCGGUCAGGCAUGCAACCGAGGCAGCACCGUCUCAUGCCCAUCACCUGCCGGACCUCCUUGGGCGCCUCGAGCGACGGUACCUGAUAGCCACUGUGCAAGAAGCCCUGCUUCAGUGCUACGGCGGCGCGGCGUUCGCGCUAGCAGUCGACCGUCAAUCCGACCGCUCUCGCCAACGGCCGCGCAGCCCGCCCAGUCGAGAUGCGUCUCAGCCACCUGCCACGCCUGCAGCGGUGCCAGAUGCGCGAAACGGAUAUGAUGCGGCUGAGCUUACACGCCACGGCUGCGAACGCAGGGAUGCGCUUGCCGCGCGCCCUCGCCUCCCGCGCAGACGCCGAGGUGCCCGCGGCAGCGGCGCGGCCGCGCUGCAGCCUGGCCAGCCCGCGCCGGAGGAGGACCACGCGGCAUCAGCCAGUGACGGAGCUGACAUAGCUACGGCAGCUCCGCCUGCGAACUCUGCCGGCACAUCCGUCGCUCUUACCCGAGCAGCUGGCAGUUGGUUGGAUGGAUCGGACCUCUCCGCCGAGUUUCGCAACCCCGUUCCCACCCUUCAAACUGUGCCGCGGUUCCUCAUCACAGGUGUGCGCCGCGCACUCGUUGCUGCGCUCAGCGCGAUCCGCGCUGCGCACGAAAGUCGCGAUGAGGCAGAGCGUGUGCGGGCUUGGAAGCUCUUCCUACUGUUGCCACGCCUGCUCCUCGCGCGUUCCGCCCAAACCGGGGCUGACGGCCGAGCAGCUCUCAUGCGCCGGAUUGAGCUGUUUCGCCAAGGCCGCUUCGACGAGUUGCAUGCCCAAUCCGCGGCUGAACACGAACAAGCGCACCCCCGUCGCCGCGGUGGGGACAACGAAGAGGCACGAGCUGCCGCAGCCUGUGCCAAAGUCCGGCGCGGACAGCUCUCGCGAGCACGCCAGAUGCUCACUGCAGCGGCCUUGGCCCCUGGGAAUGCCGCAACGCUUGAGGCGCUGACGGACACGGCUUGGCGACCGCCACAUGCGCUGCGCUCGCCGGCCCCCGAGGUUCUGCAGUACAGACCUUCUGAGGAGGUCGUUCGUACGGCGCACCAGGUUGGGGAAGCGCUGCGCACUUCCAAGCGCGGCUCGGCUGCAGGGCUGUCCGGCGCCACCGUUGAGCUGUACAAGCUGCUUCUUGAUGAUGCGGAGGCACUCGAAUCAUUCACCUUUGCAGUGAACGUCACCGCCCGCGCGCACGCCCCACAGGCAGCGCUAGAUGCCAUUGCCGUCCGAG